AUGGAUAAUAAUAUAACAAUAGUUACACCAGGUCAAAAACUGAGUAGAGAUAAUGAAUACAUAGCAUCGGAAGGUACAUACUAUUAUAAAGGUUCAAUCUACUCUUCAGUAUUAGGAUUCAGACAUUUUGUAAAGAAUAAUAUAACUAGUAAAGAAGAAUCAGAUGAUAUAGUUGAUAACAGUAAUAUUAAUAAUAAUAAUAAUAAUAGUAAUAAAGAUUAUAUAGUUGUUUUGAAAGAGAAGGAUCCUGGUGUUGUACCAGAGAUUGGUAGUGUAGUUACAGUACAGGUGUUGCGUAUCAAUCCGAGAUUAGCAAGUGUUGCCAUUCUCUGUGUCGGUACAAAGGCACUGAAGGAAACAUUCAAUGGUAUCAUCAGAGUACAGGAUGUACGUGCCACCGAAAUCGACAAGGUGGAGAUCUACAAGUCGUUUAGACCCGGUGAUAUUGUGAUUGCCGAGGUUAUCUCGCUCGGUGACUCCAGAUCUUACUUUUUGUCGACUGCAAAGAACGAGCUGGGUGUCGUGUUUGCUCAGAGCGUAGCUGGUGCCACCAUGAUACCGAUCAGUUGGAACAUGAUGCAAUGUCCAAAAACCAAAACCAAAGAAUAUAGAAAGGUUGCAAAAAUGACGACCAACGACAAUGAAAAUGAUAGUGAAAACUCGGCAACAACAACCAACACAGACAACAACACAGAAUCUCAAGAAAAUGACGAAUGA